AUGGCGGCGGCGGCGGCGAUGGCGGCCGGCCGGGCCUGCGCCCAGGGCGUCCUCCGCGCGGCCUGGCGAGGGUUUACUUCUGUGCCGAGGCAAGGGAGCUGCUGUUCCUAUUCUAGCCUGGCAUGGGCUCUGCAGACACAGUGUUCCAUCUCYGUCGCCCGGAGCGUGACAGUAGAGCAACGCAGACGAAGCAGUUUCUUCAAUACGUUGACAGCUGAUGAGUUGUGGAAAGGAGCUUUGGCAGAGACUGGUGCGGGAGUAAAGAAAGGGAGAGGAAAGAGAAGGAAGAAGAAGAUAAGGAAGAAUCUCAACAGAGGCCAGGAGAUUGGUGAAGGACGUUCUGGUUUGCUCUGGCCUGGUCUUAAUGCUCCUGUGAUACAAAGUGGAAGAGUCCAAGCAAUUACCCAGCGRAAGAAAGAAGAACGAGAGAGAAUUCAGUCUGAAAUUGUUCAACAGAGAGAUACAUGGGAGAAGAAGAGAAAAAUAAAAGUUAAGAGAGAGGGUGGUUGGAGUGGACAUUGUUGGGGAGGUGUCCUCCUGGACCCCCCUGACCCGGGUCCCAAUGGAGAGACAUAUGAAGACUUUGAAACAAGAGUCAUUGAAAUGAAAAAUGUGUUUUGCAUGAAAGCAAAGGAAGGCCGAAAAAAAUCAAUUCGUGCUGUCGUUGCUAUUGGAAAUGGAAAAGGGGCUGCAGGGUUUGCAGUGGGAAAAGCAGGUGACAGGAUGAACGCGUUACGGAAAGCAAAGAACAAAGCGAUACGCUGCUUGCAUUUUAUAGAACUCUAUCAAAACCACACAAUUUACCAUGACAUUAAUGUGAAAUUUAAAAGGACAACUAUCCGCAUGAAGAAGCAAAAUAAAGGCUAUGGACUUCAUUGCCACCGAGCUAUCAUCACCAUCUGCAAACUAAUUGGCAUUAAGGACAUGUAUGCCAGGGUUUCUGGUUCGAAAAACUUGAUUAACAUCACCAGAGCUCUCUUUAAAGGCUUAACAGAACAGAAGACUCACCAGCAGUUGGCCAACCAGAAGAACCUCUACGUCGUGGAGUUUCGGGAGGAGCGAGGCCCACUGCCCAUCGUGGUGGCCUCACCCGAGGGAGCCCUCCGUGAAGAUCCCGAGCUGGAGGAUGAGGUUCCAGACACCAAGCUGGAGUGGAGCGACGUGAAAGAAGCUCAGGGGAUGAAGAAAUCUCCCUGGGCAAAUGUCAGGCGGACAGCGUGUUAAAAGCCUCAGCCCCCCAGUCUCUUCUGGUCAGAGGCGCAGCUGAGAAGGUCCGGCCCAAGGGACAGCUUGUCUGGGCUUGUGUUUUGGAUGUGGCACCAGUAGGGUGCUCAUGAUCUUCAUUUCGCUGCCGUUCAGUAACACCAUUUGCUUGUCUUCUGGCCACUUUUAAACUAUGAACUUUAAAAGGGAAACAGCCAGUGGACAUCACAUUGACUUCAGGUCUGUGUUUGCGCCGUUCUGCAAGAUGAUUUGUAAACACCAGACCCCUGGUUUCAUCCACCAGCUUGUGGGAAACUGCUGAAAAGAUGAGACUGUUAAUAAAGAAUCCUCAGAAUGA